AUGUUGAGACUGCGAUUGCUUAUCCAGAACACUCGCUUAUUUUCAGCCUUAACACCUAAGAGCGGUAUUGAAAGAGCCGUUAUUGAUAUGAAGCUUUCAAGGUCAAAAGAUCUAGAAUCCUUCCUAAACGACAUGGACAUCUCAAAAAUCUCUGCUUGCCAGCUUGCUUAUACACUCAAACUUGCAGUUAAUAAAUCACAAAAAGGGCAAUUCGAAUCAAAUGAAACCAAGGUCAAACUAUACCAAAUCAUAGAAAAGGCUGAAAAUAGCAUCAGCAAGCUCGAUUCUAAUGGAAUCGUCGAUUUCUGUGAAUGGCUGGCAAACUCACACUUAUUCAAAAAGCGGUUUUUAUCUAUCGAAAAAAAGCAAUUGCUGAUCUCCCGUAUUACUCAGCUGCUGGUAAACAAAUCUCUGGAUAGAAAACAGAUUAUGUCAAUAUAUGAGCACUUGCCUGCCCAAGGCUACUAUAUACAAGAGCUAGAAGACGAGGUCGCUUAUAUAACUUAUAACCCUGAAGAGCUCAGCCUCGAAGAAAUUUCACAAAUUUUUGUUGCCAAUGGGAAAUAUAUGUACUCUAGGAGCACUGACUUGUUUAGUAUAUGUAUGAAAAGAAUAUUCAGUCUCAGUCAAACAGAAGAACUUGAUGCACACUAUUUAUCGAAAAUAAUGGAGAGCUUGGUAUGUGAACUUGAUAAUCGAAAAUACCGAAACCAAAUCAAAAUGUUUUUAAAAAUAGUUGAAAAUACCUUACCAAGGUGGAAAGAAAAUGGCUUGAUAUCAAUUCUCAAAUUUUAUAAAACUCAUAGAGCUUUUGAUAAAAAUCUAUGGCUGCGUGCUUUAGAAAGAAUUGAUAAAAUGCUAGAAAGUGGCCAGACAUUGGAAUUUGCGAUUGAAAUAGCUAAUUUAUUAAAAGAAGACACAAAGACUGUUUUAAUUAUCGACAAAAUAAUUUUGAAUUGCAUGAAAACAAUUAAUUCAAAAAUGUUCAGCGACUCUAUAAAUGAGGUAAAUAUUCGGAAAAUUCUUGAUUUUGUGAAGCCGAAUAUUGACUUAGAAACUGCAAAAUUGCUAUCAAGCCAAAUAAACAGGUAUAAGUUCACAUAUAUACCAAGCUUUGAAGCAUUCAGACAGGCUUCAUUAAUAAACAUCAAUAUUAAAGGAAAGCUUUUGCCUCUACUAAAUUUUAUUCCAAGAGAAAAGUUUAUGAAAAAUGAUUAUUCGAAAAUUGAGAAUAUUUCAGGGAUUGACAAAAUAGGGAUUUUAAAUUGCAUAGUUCUUACAAAGGACUAUAAAGCCCAUGGGUUGGAUAGAAUAAGCAGUAUUAUUAUUAGCAGCCUUAAUAAUUGGCUUCUACAGGACGAUCAUAAUGUAAUUACCUUAUGUGAGUGGAUGUCUCAUAGAGAAUAUAGCACAGAACUUAUGAGAGCUUUAAAGCCAAUACAGCCUAUAAUUUAUAAAGGUUUAGCAAAUAAAGAAAAAGCUGAAAAAAGCGUCUGAAACUUGAACUACUUUAUGAAGUUUUAUGAAGCAGAUCCUGUAGCCUGACGACUCUUUCUUACUGAAAAUAGCAAUAUUUUUUCUAUACAAGGAGUUGCAGAAGCAAUAAAACAUUUUGGAGGUCCUUUUGAGGCAAUAAAUUAUUUAUUAUCCAAUUAUGAAAAGAAGCUUUCUCCAAUAUGAAUCGGAAUAGCUAUGAAAAAAAUUACUGAAAUUUCAGACAAUGCAAUAUGAAAUGACUUCCUUCGGAUUUUAAACAAAUUAGAUCCUUAUGAUUUUUUAAAUGAAAAAAGCAUAUACACAAAAAAUGAUUUUUUUUAUCAUUUAAAUAAUAUGAAAGGGGAACUGAGCCUUAUAUCUGAUUUAAUAUCAGGGUCUUAUAAAUUAAUCAAAGACUUGCCAGUUGAUUUUUUAUUUGAUAAGGGAAAUUUAAAAGUUUUAUAUUUAGCAGCAAGAUUGGGGAUGCUGGAGACAGAAGUGGCUGAUAGGGUCUUUUCGAAUAAUGCUUUUAAUAGAGAAAAUAACAUUUGGAUGCUGCUUAUUAUUUCUUUAAAAUGCUCUGAUGUGGAAAUUAGUAAAGUGGCGCUAAAUAAAGUUUUCAACCAAAAUAUGGGAGUAAACUUGCUGACCACGACAAUAAAAAGGUAUAGCGCUUUCCCGAGGAUGGCGUGGAAUGGCGCCAUCCUCGGGAAAGCCAGGAAGGCAUCCACACGGGAACUGGGAGUUCCACGUGUGGAUGCCAUUUUGACAUGUGAAAGUUUGGAUCCCACAUGUCAAAAAUGGCAUCCACACGUGGAACUCCCAGUUCCCGUGUGGAUGCUUAGUUGACUUUCCCGAGGAUGGCGCCAUUCCGCGCCAUCCUCGGGAAAGCGCUAUAUUUAAGUUAUUCGAAAAAUGAGAUAAUAGAGAGUUUUAUUAUAAACUUUUUAAAAGAUUAUAUACCAAAAUUACAUACAGAGUCUCUUUUUAAGCUACUUCAGAUUCUUGCUCCCUCUCCGUGAGCAAACAAAACCAUUUGAAAAAUCCCUAUUUUUUGGGAAAAAAAAAACCUUCUGUGAGUGAGCAAAAAAUUUUUUUAAUAUAAAAAAAUACUUUGAUAGAUAAGUAUAAUGAAAUCUCUUGCUAAUUAUGUUUAAUUUUAAACAGCUUGCAUUUUAAAACAUAAAUUUACAAAUUAAAUUAACCAAUUUUGCGAAUUGGGAUUUUUUUAAAUUUUAAAAAAAAAAUUUACUAUAUAAAUUUUUUAUUUAAAAUAAAUUAACCCGUAAUUAAUAAAAUUUUUUUGUUCACUCAUAGAGGGAAGCUAACUCUUUUUCAGAAACAAACAAAAAUGAUCAUAUAGAGCUAUGAAAUGUUUUAGCAUCAUUAACAAAAGAAUUUGUUUUAAAAGCUAUUGGGUAUCUGACAUUCAAUGAACUUACUGAAUUAAUUAGCUUCGCAGGUAAGCAUUUGUCCUUGGAUAUUGAUUAUGGGUAUAUUUUAUGAAAAAAUCAAAAUAUUUCAAAAUAUAUGAACCCUGAAAGAUCAAGAGAAAAACUUAUUGAAAAAAUCAGAGAUAUAGGGCUUGAUGCUAGAGAAGCUGUGCAAUCUGUUUGCAAUAAGCAGAAUGACUUUAGCUCUGCUUAUUUGUCAGGAAUGAAAGAAUUUAUUUAGAGGUUAAAAAGCCAUUUUAUGGUGGAGCCAAAAGCUUAUCACGCUAGGUCUUAAAGCUGCUAUUCCCGACAUUAGUAAUGACAAGACGGCUAUCUUCACAUUUCUGGCCCAUUUGUCUUCGUAAGAACAUCUGAUUAACUUGCAUCUCCUCCUUUUAGCCGAUGAGAUGCAGACCUGCUUCCAUCUUGCCUUAUACAACCUACCUCUCUGCCAACUUUUAAUUAUUCAGAGACUUGUGCAGCCUGCACUGCCUAGUCUUCAGCUGAGCUGCCAUUUCUGCGGAUAAUAUAUUUUUAGCUUAUUUGUCAGGAACUCUCUCAUGUUUAGCAGAUUUAAGAUUUGAGCAGGAAAACUGGGCACGUGAAGUCACUCAAAAUAUGAUAAAUUUCGUGGAAAGCAAAGCACUUGUUUUUGAAAGCGAUAGAGAAUAUACUAAUUGAAUAUAUGGGCUUGUUGCUUUUAGAGAAAAUAAAUCACUUAUAAUGAAACAUAUCGAGAAUAGUAACUCCCCCACUUUAAAUUGAAACAAAAAUUUGUUCCAUUUAAAGGAGGAUUUUUUUUAAAAAAAAAUUUAUUAAAUUUUCUGUAUAAAAAUUUUUGAAAUUUUAAAAAUAUUAUUUUUAAUUGAUUGUGAAAAGGGUCCCUUACACUUUUUGUAUUAAAUUAGGUCAAAACUAAUUUUUUUUAAAAUUUAUAGCUCAUGAGUCUUUAUGGAAAAUGUAGCCGCUCUAAUGAACAUCUUGUGUAUCUUAGACUAGACUUCUCACUAUUUAGAGAUAUUCAGAUUAUAAUAAAAAAUUCCUUUUUGAGCUAGUUCAAUAUAGUUUUAUAUAAUUGUUUUUUAAUAAUUUUAAAAAUAUUUUCUAAUGAUUGGAUGGAGCUAGGCAAAAUAAAUCCAGGCAUGCUUUACUAAAAUGGCUCUUAUCUCUUCAUGCUUGAAAAGUAUUAAUUUUGCAGGCAAAAAUUUUUUUUUUAUUAUUUAAUGAUCUAUGUUUUGUUAUAAUUUAAAGGAGGGGCUAAGUAUUUUGAUUGUGAACAGCCUACUUUUAAGCACUUUUUACUUGCAGACCACUUCCAACUGGAUCCAGAUUUCAAAAGUAUCAAUAUUUAUGAAGAAAAAGUCAAGAAAUUCUGACACGAUUUUGAUUAUUUUAAGUGUUUUGGCAUUGAUCAGCCACUUAUUGAUCACAUUAUCUCAUCAUUUAAUAAAGCAAACCUCGAAAUAAAAGCUGGAGAAUACAUAGACGGGACCUGGGCACCUUUUUACAUUCCAAGCAUAAACUCAGCUGUUAUUCCUAUCACAAGCCCAAUCCUUUUAUAUUAUUCAAACAUUAUCAGAGGAGAUUUUCACCUACACAGGCAGCAUUUAUUAAAAAAAGUGAAUAAUGUAAUUAUUCUCAGCAAAGAAGACACAACAAAAAAUAUGAAUUUAGAUAUUAGAAAGUACCUUAAGAUCUAA